GAAACCAUGACUUUGCGAAUUAUUCUUACAGAAGCUGAUAUCAGAAAAGUAAAGCUGACAUCAAAGCCAGGCUCAGUUGAAGAAUUAAUUAGUUGUUUAAAAAAUACUCUGAGACUGGACUACAAUUUUACUUUACAGUUUCAAGAUCCCGAGUUUGAUAACGAACUUUGCAAUCUGACCAUUUUGUCAGAGCUCCCUCAGAAGCCAACUGUGAAAAUCAUUCCGGUGAUUGAAUUGGUGCCACUCUCUUCAGGUGAAAUGGAGACAUCAAGUGAUAUGUUGAGUGAUGCUCCAAGUACUGCAGACACAGUAUUGACCUUGGAAUUACCCCAGGAAAAGAGAAUCCCAUGGCCUGAUAUCUUUUUGACUCCAAAAUUCUCUGUCGAUGUUGAAUUUAGGCUGCGUCAAACAAAUUUAAUCUACUUGAAAGAUGGAACGCACAUAAAAGUGACAAAGGAAUUGAAACAUGACAUUCUUCAGAAACUUGCAGAGACCAUAUAUUCCUGCAAAGCAUACCCAACUACUGAGGAUCUACGAGCUGUUGCAAAGGCACUGGUCAAUACUCACCCCUGCCUUCAAGAACCAGGAUCGCCUUCUGGAUACUGUGGAUGGACAAACAGUUUGAAAGACAAAAUGGGAAAUUACCGAUCCAAAAUGAGGAGCCUUGGACACACAGACGUCAUGGUUAAUGCUGGGAAAAGAAGAAGAUACUCUACGAGCAGUGAUCCACCUAACAAGAACAUUAAGAAGCCAAGGAAAGGGGAGGUCAACUACUUACCUGACCUCCCAGAUGGGCAGGAUGCUUCCAGUCUUGAAAUGCUCAGACAGCAGUUGGCGGAUGAAAUGAAGAGAAAAAACCCUGAUGCCAUCUUUAUUAAUCAGAAGAUGGACAUGACUCUGUCUUUGAGGAGAAAGGAUGUUGUGAUCAACAAGCCUCCUGUAAGCCAAAUACUUCAAUGUUGGCCUGCACUUUUUAGAGAAAGUCAGGUGUAUCAAGAAUUAAGCCGGGUGGUUGGGAAGAACCUUAAGCAAGAAUUGUAUGGGUCUCUUGAUCGUCACUGUCCACAACUGAUUCAGAUCUUCAGGUCAAAGAGAGGUCUCGCCGGGCAGAUUUUGAGCGAUCUUCUGCAACAAGCCAAGACCUCUGAUAUCGCUGACAUGCUAUUUGUUGCCAUGAGAGGGCUUCCAGUACUUCUUGGUGAUGACCAAACUAAGUUCUUCAAAGCAUGCUUUGCUUCUGAUGAUGGAGACUCGUACCAACAUGUGCCAGUUGGAAUCCUCAGCUUAGAAAAUGAAGAUGUGGCUCUGCAACCCAUGUCCCUCCGUCUCCACCCAUCCUCGGUGGGAAUCAUCUUGGAGGGGAAUGUUGUAAUGGACAAUUUAGACAACAUACCCCAGGCCAUGUGUCUUCUUUUUGGUUUAACUUAUGCACUGCACCUAGACUACCCAAAGUGCAUGUGCAACACCUUUCUUUUCAUUCAGCAAGUUUUGCUAGGUUUAGGCAAGAAGGAGUUGAAGGGCAAGAUUCUGGCUGUUACAAAUCAGCUAACCAUGUAAACAGGUACGGCAAAGUCAUGUUUCUUCUGGUUCUCUUUCAGAAUCGUUAGAUAAAAAAAACGUUCCCUUUCCUUUCGUUGAGCUAUGCCUUAGGGUUGGACAAAUGUUCAUGUUCCUUAUUAAUACAGUAUAACAACACUGUGCUUGUUAAAUAUUUGGAAAAGUUUUAAAAUACUGUUUUAAAGAUUUAAAAUUGGGUAAUUGGUACUUAAGGUAUUUCAUUGUUUUUGUCAGUCUUUGAAAACUGAUUUUGAUAAGUGAAUUCAAAUAAAUAGUAAGUUCAAAUAAAUGAUUGUUAUCCUUUGUCCUUAUUUGUAAUG